UUGGGAAGUGGUAUUUGUUCAUAGAUCUGCUUGAGAGAGUUGAAUAGAUAAGUAGCAACGAUGUGGUUCUGUUGAGAAAUAGGCACGUUAUAGUCUAAUUUGUAAAUUGUUAAGAAUUAAUUACUUUUAUUUUGAAAUUUCGUGAAAUCUGGGAAAUGGUACUUGUUCACAGUGAGCUUGACUGAGCCAAACAGAAAAAUAACAACGGUGCGAAGAAAUAUGGAAGUUAAAGACAAAUUUGUUCACAUUUUUUUAUGCAGGCUUUUAUUUUGAAAUUUGUGAAGUAAGAGUUGUUGACAGGUCGUCUCAAAAGAGCUGAACAACAACCACUGAGAAAUUUGGAAACUGGCUAAAAAUGGAGGAUGCCUGUUAUUGUGGGGGGGAAAUGCGCGUAUUUUCGUGUUGCACGGUGUAAAAUGGGAAUAAUGUGGAGAAUAUAGAAAAAAAAACCAGGAAGUGCAAUGGUUCGAAUUAGUGAAGAAAUGUGGAAGCAAGGGAGAAGGCGGCAGAAUCAUGAAGGAGAAUGGACCCACAUUUCAACACCGGAAAAUGUGGGUAACCACGUUGCAACACUGAAAAUCGGAUUCAAAAAUGAAGGAGGUGAAAAACGUAAUAAUAAAUGGAAAAUUCACACAAUUCGACAAAUGUUGUGCAACUAAAGGCCUUCAACUAAUUAACACAGUACUGCCUCUUUAUUGUUUUCCGUUUUUUAAUACAUUGACACCGAUGCUUUCCCUCUUUACGUGUCUGUUAUUCCAUUUCGACCUAAAUGUGUUGUGCACUGCGCACACGUUCAUGCAACAAACAUGUGAACCUGGUCAACUGCUCCACCUGCUGGUCUUUUUCUGUCACUACACAUGUUUCUUUUCAUCAUUGAGUACGUUUCACAUUACAGUCACAAAAACCUUAAAUUAUCCCUUCAUAAAUAAGAUGUUUUUUUUUUUUUGGUGUAAAAUACUGACUUUAAAAAUAGUUAAAAACUACAUAAUUGUAAUGUCUAACUUCUUUUGUUGGGCGACUCUUCAAUAAAUGAAUAAUAGCGAGUAAAAAAAAAAAGCUGCUGGUGUUUUUAUCUGAGUGCUGCCAGCCGCCAGCCACGCGCGUGUUGCUGCGUUGCUCCGCCGCGCCGAUUGGCUGCCGCGCUUCCGGUCUGUUGUCUGAUUGGUCAAGAUGAGCGCUCGCACUCGCUGUACAUGUGCUUUGCACGCGAAGGCUGUUUUUCUGCGAAAUGUUUGGACCCCCGCCCCCAGUUGCGUCUCUCGCUCGCGGCCCGGGACUUUACGGUAACACCUAUUGUACCCGCAGAACCCUUUUUGUAUUUGUUUUUAAUCGCAAGCACAAAAAUAUUAGUCCGUUAAGAUAUGAUGUUCGAUGUUUGUAUCGGCCGACAUCUUAAAGAGCGCAAAAGUUUUUUGGGGGGCGAUUCCUCGAUUGUGAUUGCGCGCGCUAUUCCAGCCAUUACGGUAGGGGCGACCUGCCGUUCCUCAGCUGAUACCCGACGUCCUCCCACCGGCAGCCUUCAAAGAUCACAGACCCGAAGCGAGCUCUUGUUAAGUCCCUCCAGGUCGUCAUCGGCAGCAGCGUCGCGCGUCAUGUUAGACAACGAGGAGUAUCUGGUGGACGCCCGCCCGCGGGAGCUGACUCAGAACCCGCUGAGGAAGAUCUGGUUGCCGGGCAAGAGCGGCCACAUAGCGCAGAGACGCGUAUGUAUGACCAACUGCCCGACCCUCAUCGUGACCGUCGGCCUACCGGCGCGAGGGAAGACCUACAUCUCCAAGAAGCUAACGCGCUACUUGAACUGGAUCGGCGUGCCCACCAAAGAGUUCAACGUGGGCCAGUACCGCAGGGAGUGUGUGAAGAUCUACAAAUCCUUUGAGUUUUUCAGUCCGGAUAAUGAAGAAGGUUUGAAAAUCAGACGUAACUGUGCAAUGGCAGCUCUUAACGACGUCCGCCAGUACCUGAGCGUGGAAGGAGGGCAAGUGGCCGUUUUCGACGCCACCAACACGACGAGAGAACGACGGGGCGCCAUCGUCAAGUUUGCCGAGCAAAAUGGCUUCAAGGUGUUCUUUGUGGAGUCUGUGUGUGAAGACCCAGACGUCAUCGCGCAAAACAUCGUGCAAGUGAAACUCGGCAACCCAGAUUACAUCCACUGUGACACUCAGGAGGCCAUCGAAGACUUCAUGAAGAGGAUCAAGUGUUACGAGUCGUCCUACCAGCCUCUGGACGAGGUUCUUGACAGGGACAUGCCCUACAUCAAGAUCAUGGACGUGGGCCGGCGGUACCUGGUGAACCGCGUGCAGGAUCACAUCCAGAGCCGGAUCGUGUACUACCUGAUGAACAUCCACAUCACGCCGCGCUCCAUCUACCUGAGCCGGCACGGCGAAAGCGACCUCAACAUCAAGGGACGCAUCGGAGGUGACUCGGCCUUGUCGGCGCGGGGCAAAGAGUAUGCCAAUUGUCUGAGGAAGUACAUCCAGGAGCAGAACAUCAAGGAUCUGAAGGUGUGGACCAGCCAGAUGAAGAGAACCAUCCAGACAGCCGAGUGUCUGGGGGUGCCGUACGAACAGUGGAAAUCUCUCAACGAGAUCGACGCCGGGGUCUGCGAGGAAAUGAUGUAUGAAGAGAUCCAAGAACAUUACCCUCUGGAAUUUGCGCUGAGAGACCAGGACAAAUACCGCUACCGUUACCCUAAAGGAGAGUCAUACGAAGACCUGGUGCAGCGUCUGGAGCCCGUCAUCAUGGAGCUGGAGAGGCAGGAGAAUGUUCUGGUCAUUUGUCACCAGGCCGUCAUGCGCUGUCUUCUCGCAUACUUCCUGGACAAGACGGCAGUCGAGUUGCCUUAUCUUAAGUGCCCGUUGCACACCGUUUUGAAACUGACCCCCUUGGCUUACGGAUGCAAAGUGGAGUCCAUCUAUUUAGGCGUGGACGCCGUCAAUACACACCGAGAGCGGCCGGAGAAUGUGAGCGUACAGCGCAGCACAGAAGCCGCUCUGAAAACCGUUCCGGCGCACUUCUGACACCCUCGCGCGCGCUUCCUGCGUGACUCCCUGACUCACGACGACGCUCAGCGACAUGAAGACGUUUGAGAGGAGCAAACUGUUUCGCGCUCCUUCUCGAUGGGGGAAACUUUCCGAACGGACAUCUCGUCUUUUUAUUACGCUGUUGUAGACGAAGCAUCCCGCCGCACUGUCAGAAGCGCUCACUUAAUGUGUUGCUAUUUUAUAACGCUGGUGUGAGAGAGCAAGAACACUACAAUUAUUGUUAUAUAUAUUUUUUUUAAAUAUGGGCUUCAGUGAUUUAACCUCUGGUUGAUUACCAUAUUUUUUGCAAAUAGUGGCCAGGAAUGUGUUUAUUUAAAUUAUGACUUAUACAAAGGUGCCCCACCCCCACAAAAAAAGUAAAACAGACAUAAGGGUGCACAUUGUCAGAAGAGUGAUUGAAAAGUCACCUUCAACUCCACACCGUAUUGACUUAAAUAUGGACACCACAUUUGAAUUCAUGCGCAAGAUGAUCACAUAAUGUACUGUCGGUGCUGCUGUUUUGGUUGGCAAAAGAGUUCAAAUAGGUUCAGUAGCUAGUGAUGGAUUACAUACAAUAUUUGUCCACUAGAAAUGUACUACUACAGUACAACUGAAGGGUAGUACGUAUUAUUACAUACCACGAGAGAGCCCACAUACUGCCAGUGGUAAUAUUACUCUGUGACGACGAAUCAUGAUGUCAACUUUCAUUCUAAUAUGCCACCGCCACCUGGAGCCUAUGAAAAAGGAGCAGCCGACACGUCCAUUCCCGUAUGACAUUGGAGUGACAGCCGCUAUUUGAGGAAAUAUGGUACUGUGUCAUAAACUAUGUAAAUUGUCAUUUGCAUGUUGUUUAAGUUACCCAAAGCAGUGGUGACGGUGUCACAUUGGUGCUUUUUUCAGGUUUCUCCUACUUUUCAAAGAGCCUUUUGAACACGUAGGAUCUGUCCAGAAAAUUCCAAAUGUGGAAAUGAAUCUGGAAAAAAAAAAAAAAUCAUUCUUGGGGUAACAUAAUCUGAAAAAAACAAUUAUUCAUGGGCAUGGGUAGUCACAGAUUUUAGGAAUGAACACAGAAUGGGGGUGGGGGGGAGGAAAUAUUGCACUUUUUGUUUUGUUGUUUCAAGACAUUAUCAAUACCACACAAUUGACCAGUUAUCAAUACCCUAUCCCCACACUCCAAAUACUUAUUUACACUAUGAUUUGUGCCCGUAAGCACAAAUCUUCACAUUUGUCAAGUGAUUUUAAGUGUAACGUAUGUUUGUAUUCUAUUACAUAUUGGUUUUUGUACACAACUGUUGUGAAAAGUGUACUUGCCUUGCUGCUCCUUUCCAGUUUUACAAAUGUCAAUAAAGUUUCUUUGCUUGGUAGCUGUUGUCUUUCCCAUUCGUC